GGGUAAGAAAAGAGAGGGAGAGAUCAUUUGUAUGUUUGAGUGAUCACGUCAUUCCGCAGUUAUUCGGUGAUUCUCAAACAAUUCAAACGUCAGUGUGACAUUUAGUUUGUGAGUGAUCCAGGAUCUCCUGGAAGGAUCAUCCCAGUGACGAAUAAUUCGCAGUGCCAAGGAGAAAAGGAUCAGAAAACGAGUCAAGUAAUCAGGAAUUAUGAUUGAGAGAAGCGACAUUCCACAGUCAAAAUAUGGCGUCGCACGGCGUUUUGCUUGCUCUUGCUGCCCCUAUGGCUACCACAUUGACUUGGAUUUUGUCAAAUACUGCGAAACAUUGCACAGGACACCACCAAUUAGUCGAAGGGUACGAUCAGCUCGACGACAGCGCCACUCAAUGGAUAUCAUGAUGGGUUUCAUAAGUGUUCCGGAACCAACACCAGCACCAACCAAAAAUACCGAAUAUGACUCAAUUUGUGCCACAGAUGCACUUGCAGAUGCCGUUUGCAAUUUCGAAAUGACCCUCCUCAGUGCAGCUGUCAAAACAGAAGCAAAAAUUGCCGAACCAGAACCCGAAGGAGGUCGAAGUGCACUGGAGUAUGCUAGAGAGCAAAUGGCACAGCAUUUGGGACGAAUUCGUAGUUUGGAGGAACAACUGAAGGUAAUACCGGCUCUCAGGCUGCAAAUUGAUAUGUUGACUGAGGAGAAACGUCGGCUCGAAGGACGCCUUUUGCUAUCGCCCAAACUGUCAUGUCGCCGAGAUGUUGGCAGUCAGUGCAUUGGGAUUGGACAGGAAAAUGCAUAUACAAACACAGAACGUAUUGCAAUGAUACCCAAACAGCUACAAUGUAGUCCAAAUAUUGAAUCUCGUCUGACUCAGACAGCAGCCAUUGUCACCUACACACGUGCAACUUCCACUGAAGUAGCAGUUGCUGUCCAAAGUGUCAUGCGUGAUGCAUCAACACUGACAGAUAUGCAAGUUUUGGCAGUUGAACCUGAAACAGUUGCAGCAAUUCCGAGCAUUAGUACAGCAACUCAGACAUUUGCUCAUCAAUCAACUGAUAAGUAUCAACAGACAGAUUUAUCAGUUGUCUCAAGGGGACUUCAAUGUGACAUUCGACCUGCAACAGUUGAGGUUAGAAUGCAAACAAUUGAUCCAAUUGUAAUCUAUGCAGAAACACAGACGCCAUCUCAGGAGUUAUCUUGUUCCGAGACACAAACCGAAGAGAUUAUUUUUGACGUUAGCGAAGACAGUGAAAUGGAGGACGAAGAUAAUGAAUCCCUAAAAUCUCCCCUGUCAGCCAUCAAUGAAGAUACCGAGGAGAGAGAAACGUAAGUUGAAUG